AUGGAUGAAGCAACUGCAAAUAUCGAAAUUCAAACAGAUAAAAAUAUUCAAGAAAUAAUCAGAACAAUUUUUAACGAUGUAACCGUGAUUACUGUUGCACAUCGAUUACAAACUAUCAUGGACGCAGACAGAGUAAUGGUAUUUGAUAAUGGAAUGUUAAAAGAAAUGGAAACUCCAUACAAUUUGAUACAAGACGAAAAAUCAAUAUUUAACGGACUUGUACAGCAAUCUGGUUGUUCAGAAGAAUUGCUUAAAUUGGCUCAAAAGAAAGAACCAAGUACUCCAACAACAGCAUCCCAAAUAAGUAAUGAAAACUCAACUUCUUCAAGCGAAAAACAAGAAGUAGUUAUACUCACUAAUGACUCGAAAGGACCAUCUCCAGUGCAAACAAAAGAGACUGUAAAACGAAAUCAGAUGAAAGAAAAAAUAAUUGGAACACCAAGUCUGGAUAAAGUAGUUAGUUUGAAGACUCGAAA